UUCACACUUUAGAUUUUCAGAACUUUCAGAACUCCAAAAAAGAUGCCAGUGCUGCUCUACAGUCUCAUCCUACUGUUGGUACUGGCCACUGAGCCAAUUGGGGCAAGAUCAACGUCCUAUAGACAUGCAGUCACCCGUAAUUCAAACCUGCGUGGCUGGAUGUUAACAAUGGAGCAUGGUGGGAAAUUUACCAUGUACAUAGACCAUUCUUCCAACUCCACCACCGACCCCUAUCCUUCAACCUCCUCUCCCUCUCCUCCUACUACCUCCUAUUCUAUCGUCACCACCUCCUCUCCUCCUACUACCUCCUAUCCAUACUCCACCACCACCUCUCCCUCUCCUCCUACUACCUCCUAUCCAUACUCCACCACCACCUCUCCCUCUCCUCCUACUACCUCCUAUCCAUACUUCACCACCUCCUCUCCCUCUCCUCCUACUACCUCCUAUCCAUACUUCACCACCUCCUCUCCCCCUCCCUAUCUCUCUGCACUGUCUGUAUGUCUGCGUUAUAUGGUAGAACUGGAGGACGACUUUACUAUCUUCAGCCUCACUCAGGGUUCCUCCUGGAACCUAAUGCUGCAAAGUAACUCCAGGGUGGAUCGUCUUUCCAUCCAGCCCUCCUUGAAGUUGUUCAGCUCCUAUAAGCAGCUCUAUUCAAACGGAGGGCGUCCGCCCUGGACUGGCCUUUGUGUUACCUGGGAGAAGAAGACAAGCGUGGCCCAGCUGUGGAGGGAUGGGAAAGUCAGCAUCAGGAAGAGGUUGUUUGGCUGGGAGAUCACUGGCCCUCCAGUCUUGAACAUCUACAGGCUUGAAGGGCAGGUAACCGAUGUGGAGGUGUGGAACAGAGUCCUCUCCCGAGACGAAAUACGGGACUACAUGAGUGGGUACUACUACAACGUUAACCCCGGUAAUGUGCUGUCCUGGUCCAAGGCCACCUACUCUAUCAACAAAAAGAUUAUCCUGGAGAAAAUCAACUACACCUGAGACUUCCAACCACUCAGAGGGGAGGGAAUGCUUUUAGGGGAGAGAUGUGGUGGCCACCUAUCGUCGCUAGGUCAGAACAUGUACAGAGUGGUCCGUUUAUUAGCUAUACCCACCUGGUACCGUUGGGUCCAGGCUUACACAAUGGCAUUAUGUGAGUUGCUGUGGCCUGGACAAAGACACUCAGUGGCCUGUCAGUUUUAAGGCAAUGUUUUUUCACUCCACAACUGUCCAUUGCUGGUGAUUGUGCGCCAACUAGGGCCACUUUUCCUUUUGGAGAAACUAGCGUGAUCAUAGCCAGCGAUACCUCAUCUCUGGCAUGAACCGCUAGUUAUGCAUUUGGAAAAAACUUUCUGAAUCUGCACACCACUGUUGUGCUAGGCUGCUGUUCGCCUGCAUUUAGCCCGCCUGUAAGAUUGCACGAUUCGAGCCCUUCUCCUUUCACUACUCUCACAAAGCAUUUCACCCGAAAAAGUACAGUCUCGGAGCUCACAGCCGUUUUUCUCAUUAUGUAGCAGCAGUCCAUUCAACUGAAUGACGGUGUACCUGAUCAAUUACCCACUGAGUGUAUGUCCCAUCUUCAUGAAUUUCUAGUGAUGCUUCUUGUGAAUAACUCUGGAUCCAUGUUGUCUAAAAUUCUGAUUUGGUGGUCCACAUUAUCAACCUUAUAGUCCUCCUCUUGAUGAUUAUUCAAAUGAUUGUUAAUGGAUUUCAAUGAAUGUUAAUUUAAAUGCCUACAUGAUUUAGAAAAAUGCUUAUACUAAACCCAUAGCAAAUUAAAACCAAUUCAUGACAAAACAA